UAGCACUAAACGGAUAAAUCUACUGCUGCAGCUGCCAUGGGCUCUCGCCUCGGUUCGGUUUAUGUUUUGUUGUCGCUACUUGUUUUGCUGGUUCUUCUCUUCAGUGAAGCUGGUGCGACUGGCAUGAAAUGUAAUCACAUAUACAAAGGAUUUGCUGAAUGUUUGCUGAAGUUGGGAGACAGUCUGGCCAAAAAUAUUGAAGGGGAGGCCGAAGAGUUGAAGGAACUGGACACAGUUUGCCGGUCCUGGGAUGAUUUUCAUGCAUGUGCAGACUCGGUUCUGGAAGGUUGCCCUGCAGACACUGCCUCUGUUUGGGAGUCCCUCAGGAAGGAGUCGAAAAAGUUACAGUUUGAAGGCAACUUGCAUGAACUGUGCAGCUCAAGAGUGAGGCCAUCUGGUACUAUGGAAAACUCCGAUAGAAGCGAAUCAAACAGAGAGAGCCUGAGAGGUUCUGCCGGAUCACUGUGGUAUGGACUGACAACACUCAUUCUGUCCAUUGCUGUGUUGGUGGUCAACAUGUAGAUCUCCAGGUCAGCUCCCAGCAUUAAUUCCCUUCACCGGAGAGACAAGAAUACCAUUGAUACAGACAAAAUGUUUGGCUGUUUAAAUGUCUUUGAAUGUUGUCUCUCUCUGUCGGUUAAGGGUGGUUCUUUCUAUAAUUCUGUUCAAAUUACAUUAAUUUAAUGUACUUCUCAUUCAAAGAAUGUCACACAGCUUGAAUGCAUAGUUGAUUCAUUAGAUAAAAAUAAAAGUAGUCGCCCUGCUGGUUUGGUAGCUAAUUGUGCUGUGCCUAUAGACUAGGAAAGUUCAAGUCCUGGAUUGGACUGAUUUUGAAUCUCUUAAAUGAGGAUAUUUGAGCUACUGCUGUGCCAGGAAAUACCAGCUGGGGUUCCUAUCACUGGUUGCUGUUUAGGCAUUAUUGUACACAUCAGACAUCUUGUGAGGACAGGGUUUUCCCUGAUGAUAAUACUCCAAGAUUAACUAAUUAAUCCUAGACCUCCAUUUGAACAGAACCAAUGGAGACUGCAGAGCACUGCUGGUAUCUGUGGAACAGAAUCUUAGCAAGUUUCAGGCCCUCAUGGAGGUGGGUGUAAGUAUAGAAAAUGUUAUGACCAGUAUGCAACUAAAACAGGUUAAUGUAAAGGAAUAUACAGAAAUAAUAACUGUAUGGGAAUUCUUUGAUGUGAACAUAUGCCUUGGAAGCAAAUUACAUGUGGUAUGGAAAUUGAACAAAAAUGUAGCUUAGGGAUGUUAAUAUCUAUAUUGUAAAAACUGACCUUUCACUCACAUGCAUUCCAGCUAAUGCCACCUUGACGUCGUUGGUUAUGCUCUUAACUCUCACCAUAGGAUUUAUGAUCAUAAUCUAGGCCGACACUUCAGGACUGAGUGAAUUUAUUCAAAGGGCAGAGAACAUCAAACUGAAGUCCUAUUAAAUCAUCAACUUCACCAAUUUGAUUGCUACCAAUAAAAGUUAUUUGGCCAAGGCACAAAAUCACUUGCAGUGACUCUUUCUGCAUCUCCUGAUACAUUAUAUAUCUGUUCUCUGCAGCAGUAGCAGAAAUCAAGUGAUUGAAAGAAGUACAACUUGCACUUCUGGCAUUUGAGCUGUAACAGCCCAAGCAACUAUCAAGGUUAUGUGACUUUUAGCAUCUGUGGGCAUGUCUGAAUUUUCUCAAAACAUAUCCACUUCAUUUAACAAUAUUUUCACACUGUUGUUUUAUUUAUUUUCUUUUAAACAAAUAAACCAAAUCUAUUUCUUUUACAUUGCGUUGCGUAAUAGUAAUAGUAUUGCUCUGUGAUAUGAUGGACAGGAACACAGGGAUGAUGGAGGAAACAUUUCUUUAAUCCUAUAUCAUGUAGAAUAUUCUUUUUGAAUUCUUUCUCAGGAUGCAGGCAUUGCCGAAAAGGCUUUUUUUUGUCCAUUCUUAGUUGUUCUUGAGAAGCUUGAAGCAGAGUAUCUUCCCAAUCCCCUACAGUACAUGUGGUGCUGUGAGAGAUAUCCCGACAGAACAACAAAAUAUCACCUAAGUAUGAAUAUUAAGAAAGGCUUUGUAUAGUGCCUUUCACAGUCAUGUGAUGUCCUAAAAUGCUUUAUGGCCAAUAAAGUAAUUUUGAAAUGUGUUCAUGGUUGUAACUAAGGACACCACAGUAACUAAUUUAUGCAUAGCAAGCACCCACAAACAGAAAUCUAUUUUUGUAAUGUUGGUUUCCUAAUGACUUUCUCACGUAAUUAAUACAUAGGACUGUAAAGAUUUUAAGAAGUUAGUAGAGAUAUGAAUAUAUCCCUCACUCUGCUUUCACUUGCUUUCAUACAUGGGUCACUAAUGCCAAACACAUGCAUCAAUAGAGAUUUUCAUUAAAAUAAGAGAGCCCUAGAUGAAUACAGAACAUUGAUAAAAUAGAGUUGCCUUCUUCAGCAAAAAAAGCUUACCACAUGUGUCUGGUAGCCCUUGUCCAGAUAUUGUCAACAACAUAGGGAAACAAAUUUGUUACGCACCUAACUAAGAAAGCACUUGCAUUUUUGCGUGUUUUUCAAAUUGGAAUUAUUAAUGUCACCCAUAACCUGUCACUUACAAAUAUGUUCAGAGGUGAAAUAUUUUUAAUUUGGCAAUCAGCUGAGCAACAUGUCCAUAACUCUCAGGCUGCCACCUUAGCAGUGAGCAUUGAGCUGACUAGUAUUGCCCAAUUGUGAUAUCUGAAAUACAAACAAAGGGAGGGAUGGUGAAGUGGGAGAAAGUCGGGAGGUGAUGUGACUUACAGUGGGGGUGGUAGAAGAGGAGUGUGAAGGGAGAUGGUCAGUGGAAGGGUACGUAGCAGUAGAAGAAGCAAUGCAAGGGACGCAGAAUUGUAAGGAAGGAGGAGGAGGAGUGAAAAACCUCAGAAGGGUCACCAAACGCGAAAUGUUAACUCUGAUUCUUUCUCCACAGAUGCUGCCAGUCCUGCUGAGCUUUUCCAGCAACUUCUGUUUUUCCUCCUGAUUUAUACCAUUCACAGUUCUUUCGGUUUUUAUUUUGCUAGAAAUUCUCAGCAGGUUAAGCAGCUCUUUGGAGAGAGAAAUGAAAUAAUGUUUCAAGUCAAGUAUCAUUCUUCUUUAGAAUUUAAGAAGUAAAGAAAUAUGGUAGAUUUUAUGCCAUGGAAGGGGAUAAUGCUCUGGAAUAGGUUAGAGGGCAGGAGAAAGUAAAUGACAAAGAUGUCAUGGGACAAAAGAGGCAAAGCAUUUGUUCGGUGCAAGUGUAAAUGGCAGAAUAAUGAACAGCUCAGAAAACAUCCGAAAACAGAACCAUGAAAAACAAAAUUCCAACUGGCACAUGGCAAAAAUAAUUGAAAUGGAGGACUGAGUUCACAGUCCGUGAUUGUUGAACUCAAUCUUGAGUCUGUAGGAUGUAAAGAUGAGGUACUGUCUUUUGGUUGUGCUGAACUUCACUGGAUCACAGCAGCAGACCAAGGACAGAGAUGUCAGCACAAGAGCAAGAUGGUGAAUUAAAUGGAAGGUAACUGUAAGCUUGGAAGAUUGUCAAUGGUGAUCCUUUGAAUGUGAAGGCUGAUGGUCUUCACAGGAAACAGGAUAUUGAAGAAGUGUCUCAGAGACAGUAAGAAUUGCCAACGCCGGAGCCAGAGUUAACACAGUAUGGAGCUGAAGGAACACAGCAGGCCAGGCAGCAUCAGAGGAGCAGGUAAAUUGAUGUUUUGGGUCAGGACACCUCUUCAGAAAUGGGAGAGGGGGAAGGAUGCUCCAAAAUAAUUAGACAGAGGAGGGGUGGGGCUGGGAAAGGUAGGUGGGAUGGUGAUAGGUGGGUGCAGGUAGGCAGUGUGGGGAUUGGUCGGUGAUGUGAGAGAGGAGAUAGACAGGUUGUGUCUGGUCAAGGAGAUGAGGAUGAGAGGGAGGAUUGGUCAUGGGAUGAGGCCGGGGUGGGGAGAUUUUGAAACUGGUAAAGUCCACAUUGAGACCUCUGGGUUGUCGGCUCCCAAGGUGGAAUAUGAGGUGUUGCUCCUCCAGUUUCCAGGUGGCAUCAUUGUGACAUCCUGAGCCUCCUCCAUUUACUGAUUUCUGCACCACUGAACAUAAUGCAAAUUAAAAGAAACUGAAGAGGGGCAGAAAAGAGAGAGACAAUGAUAAAGGAGGAAAAAGAAAGGAGAGAGCUAUUGCGAAGGGGAGAAGUCUGCAUUGGUGAGAUAAUGAGAAACAGGUUUAGUGGAUCUUGAAGGCCAACAUUUUGAAGUUUUCAAAGCUCUCUCAUGCUUGCUAUGGGCUGUUCUGUUCUUGAAAAAGAAUGUCAAAAGUGAGAAUGACCUUUUGUUAACACGACAUGCAGUAAAUCCCAAUUGUCAGCACAUAGCCCAUACUCGGGAGACCACAGACAUCUUCAACGACCUGUUACAUUAAUUGAAAGAGAAAAUGGAUGUUAGAAUCUAACUGAAUGAACACUUCUCAGUGAAAGUCUUGGGUGUUAAAGAAACCCUACAGUUCACUGUACUGGGCACUGAUGGUAAGCAAUUAAAACAGGGAGCCUUUGGAAGUGAUUGACCAGUUUAGUGCAUUGUGUGCUCGGAGGAAAUGUCUAUGGCUCUUUUGUCUGACCUGAUAACUUCUUUAAGUACUUCCUGUGUUUAUUUGGACCCUAAGUUGCAGAUCAUGGUACUCAAUGCAUUGGCUGUGGAGAGUCUACAAUCCCCCAUUAUGGGUUUCCCUCCUCUGCCCCAUUUCUUCCAACAAUAGUUCCACUGCAGGAUCUGUGAAACUGGGAACAUAUUUCUCUCCUGUAGACUGGCCAGACAUUUUAUUCCCCUGAUCUUUCUACAAUUAAAACAAUUAAAAUGCCCAUCACUUUAGCAGCUUUUGAUCUGCACAACAGCUUGCUACUGCCUAGUGGGUGGGCAGCCUCUCAAUGCCUGGAGCUUGUCUACUGUGCAAAGAUACUAAGAAUGGAAUUUAUUGUGUGAUCAAAGCUCAUGUUAUUGGUCAGGCUGCUGUAGCCCAAUUCAAACCAGACUUCACCUGAAAAGUUCCAAGAUCACAAAACCUCACACCCCACACUCUCCUUACCCUACCCUCAUGUCCACUCCCCUGCUGUUGCCUUUCCUUUCCAUGUCAACCCAUAUCUAUCACUGAGUCUCUAAAGAGUUAGUUUCUGCUGUUACAAUACUAGUGAUCAUAUGAUUGACUUUAGUUUAAGAAGAUAUUUCAGUCAGGAAUCCUACUUCUAGAUGGUAUCCAAUGACCCUGCUUGAAGUGGUCACCCAUUGUGCUGGUGAGGGUAGCCGGGAGAGGUGAAGUGUGGGUUAAUGUGUAUGCUUGCAUCAAGGAAAACCAGGUUUGGUCUUGGCUAUUAUUUUUAGUAAUUUAUUCAUGGGAUGUGGGCCUUUCUGGUUAGGUCAGCAUUUAUUGCCCACCCUUAAUUGCCUUGAGGGCAGUUUUGUGAGUCUGGAGUCCUGUAGGCCAGACCAGGUAAGGAUGGCAGAUUUCUUUCCCUAAAGGACAUUAGUGAACCAGAUGAACUUUUACAACAAUUGUUGUAUGAUCACUAUUAAGCCUGUUCUUUGUUCCAGAAGGUGCAUAUAGAAGGCAGUACCUACUGACUCUUGCAACUGCAAACAAUUGUGCGUGCAUGCUCAUCUGGAAACCUGCAUAUGCAUAGUUCCAGAUCCUAUGUCGUCAAACCAUAAGCAAAAGCUGCAUAUGUGCAGAGAAAAUGAUCUUGUAACAGGGCACAGUGUGGGGGCAGGUUGGCAUUUGUGUAUGAGAACACAGGAAUGACAAGUGAGGUACUCUGUCUCCCUCUGGUUCCCUGCAUUCUUCUCUCUAUUCAUGGUUGCAUCUAUUAAAUAUGCAUAUUUGCAGAGUAUAUUAGCGUCGGUGGUAUCAGCAGACACAACCUUUAUUAAAUUCAAAUCUUGCCAUCUGUCAUGAUAGAAUUUGAACCCCUGUCCCCCAGAACUUUGGCCUCGAAUUCUGGGUUGCUAGUCCAAUGACAUUACCGUUAUGUCACUAGCUUUCCCGUUGUGCUGUGAAGACUCAUCAAUAUUCAUUGUCUGUGUUCACAUAUUGAAUUUAGUUACCACUUGAGAAAAAUGCUUGCAAACACCAGUGGAACUGCAGCACAGCAAGGAGGUAAUACCUUUAGGAGAAUGGCAAAAGGAGGCAAGAAUAUUGGCAGAAUGGAGAAAACACACAUUAAAGCAAAUGAGCAAAAUUAGACAAGGAGCAUACAAGAUGGGGAAUUAUAUGCUCUGAUUCUUAUUUUAAAAACAUACUGACCUGACCUUGCAAGUGAGAUAUUGGGACCUUUUAUAGUGAGAUCUUGCUGAAUUUACAAGUGGGGCUUGUAUAAUUGGCAUCCCACAGUUCCUCAUCAUACUUUCUGUUUAUACCACAUGUUCAUUGGUGGUUUAAAUAAUAGAUGCUAGUUAUUUAAAUAUUAAUCUUAAAUAUGAUUUAUAUCAAUAAGUAGAGUGGUUCUGGAAAUGUCACUGCAAACAUCAACUUAACACAUUGCUGUUCAUUCUUAAUUGUAAUGUUUUUUUCAUGCAGUUUGAAAAUAUGCCUUGAAAGACCAUAAGAACAUACAGUAACAAGGUAAAUCAAACUAUUGGCUCUGAACUGGCCUAAAAUCAUUAGUAGGGACUUCAUGAUCGCGCAAAAAAAUGACAGCAGAAUUAGUGAAGGCAGCUAAUAAUUUCUUUCUGUUAUUUGAUGCUGUUGUGGUUUUGUGGGAAAUAUAAUGCCCCAUGCAGAUUAAUAGAAUUUUCUGAGUUUACCAAGGAGUAGUUAGUCUCCUGCAAAUUAUGUUUCAGAAAAAUUUCACUAAAUUUUUCAUUCACCUUGCAGUGAAAGAGUGAAAUAGCACAUUUCAUUAAAAUGAGAUUAUUUUUGCAUACGCUUAUAAUUUACUGCUCAUCCAGAACAGGGACUGGAGAGCAUUGCAGACAUGACCUAUCAGGACUCUGUCUGAAACAAAUGAUCGUAAACCAUUUUGGUCAGUUCCUGCAGCAGUGAAAAGUGAAUUUUAAGUACAACUGCGUGGUGUGAAGUUACAGUCCAUAUUCCUAACAACUUUCAAUUAAUGUACAGAAUUUUCCUCCAACAUCUAGCCCAUAAUAGAACUUAUAAUUCUGUAAUACUAUCAGAAUUCCUGUACACACUGGAAAGAAAAUAUUGCUGCACUUCCUCUGUACACGAUAGUUGUUCUUCCAACAGGGGGCCCAACUUGUGAACAAUGGGCUUCACAUGUUUUUCAGUAUAUUUUAUGAGCAAUAUAUUACAAACAGUAUUUAUUAAUAAUAUGCUACCACAUUUACAAUGUUUCUGGUAGUAUCCAGAGAAAUGUUAAAGGUGCACAGGAUGUUUUGGUAAAAAUGAUUGAUUAAGGGCAGCAGCCCUAUUGCAAAUCUGUUUUCUUCGUUCACCUGACAGCAAAAUGAAUUACAAAGCUAUGUUUCUAUUUAGCUGUGAACUGAUUACAGCAGAAAGCUUAGUAGGAAAUGACCUUAUGAAAUGCAUUUGUGCUGUUACACAAAUUGCUUCUUAACACUGUACAGGAAUUUAGAAUUUUUUUAAUGAGCUUUUAGUUUCAUUGUCCCCGUCUCCUCCAGUUCCAAUUAACCAGAUGAAUGCUUUGAACACACCCAUCCAGGGUUAACUGCCGGUAAAAAUUAACAAUGAAAUCUUCCAAUUAAUAAACCAUUCAGCACCAAGAGUUCAACAUCAUUCAGAAAGCAACUAAUGCAGUCCACACAGCAGAUAGUGGUCCAAAUGGAACAACAUCCAUUUUGAAAUGUAUUUAAUGUAUGAAAGAAAAGAAAGCAACCCCUGGUUAGAACUGGUUGUCAGAGGAAUUGGUAGUUUGUUCAAUGGAUAUUCUGUUUUGCAAUGUUUAUUCUUCAAAUUAUUUUUUAGUUAUCUGCAAUGGGUUAAACUGCAGUGGUGCACCCUCAAUCACUUAAGGAAUGUCUAUUU